UAGACCGUUCAGUUGCCUGUGAUUCUUCGUUGACGGCGGACGCGAAAAUCGGAGGAAAAACCAGAGGAAAAUCCCAGAAGAGAUUUUCCAGCUGAGGAGAAAACUGUCUUCGACGGCAGGCUGAAGUAUUGUCAUUGUGCGGUUAAGAACUGAUAGCGAAAGUGAGAGUGAGGGAGUGAAAGGAGACCAAACAAGUGCCGGAACGUGCUCGAGUGCCUCCAUCCUUGCGGGUUUUUGGUUUUUGUGUCUCGAGCCCCUGCUCUCCACGUAUUUUCAUAUAUAUAUAUAUCGUAUACGCCGUGUUGACACGUCGGCGGUCGCCAGUUUUCGGUUUUUAUUUAUACCCUCUGUUUUACGUACUUUUUCCCGUGGUUAGCCGGGCCAAAAACUUUUCGCCCUUCCGCCCUUGUCUCAGGGCCCAACAAUAAUACUUAACGGCCAGUGUGAGAGUUCAAGUUUAACUGACUGCAAACCAACUUGAAAUUAAAUCAAUUUGCCAAAGCAUCUGGCGGCGGGGGAGGACUCAACUCAGCUCAGUCCAUUUACGAUGAGCAGAAUAUCACAGGAGGCUUUCUGAGCGGCCAAGGGGUUUUUGGCCUGGCCAUCGAGUAAGGAGCUCAAUUCCGCCGGCGACGGAAAUGGCUGCUUAAGUGGUGCGCAUCCGAACCGGAACCACCGGCAGCAAGUCGAGCACACAACCACCACUCAACUCAUUAGCCGCCGAGCCGUAAAGAUGGCCAACUUGAGCUGGAUGAGCACCACCAUGGCCACCAUCACCACGACGCCGUUGCCGUUGGUCAGCACCACCACCAACUGGACACUGACCUCGCCGGUGACCACGAGCGUUGUGCUGGCCGACGACGAUGACAGGAGUGGCGGUAUCAUCCACAACCAGUUCGUGCAGAUCUUCUUCUACGUCCUGUACGCCACCGUCUUCGUUUUGGGAGUCUUUGGUAAUGUCCUGGUUUGCUAUGUGGUCCUGAGGAAUCGAGCCAUGCAGACGGUAACGAAUAUAUUUAUCACGAAUCUGGCCCUUUCGGACAUCCUGCUGUGCGUCCUGGCUGUGCCAUUCACCCCACUCUACACGUUCAUGGGUCGUUGGGCCUUCGGAAGGAGCCUCUGCCACCUGGUGUCCUUCGCCCAGGGCUGCAGCAUCUACAUAUCCACGCUGACGCUCACCUCGAUCGCAAUCGAUCGGUACUUCGUGAUCAUCUACCCCUUCCAUCCGCGCAUGAAGCUCUCCACCUGCAUUGGGAUCAUAGUGAGCAUCUGGGUGAUAGCCCUGCUGGCCACCGUGCCCUACGGCAUGUACAUGAAGAUGACCAAUGAGCUUGUCAACGGGACGCAGGCAGCGAACGAGACCCUGGUGGAGGCCACUCUGAUGCUGAACGGCAGCUAUGUGGCCCAGGGAUCGGGAUCGGGCUUCAUCGAGCCGCCGGAUGCCACCUCGGCGGCCCAGGCCUACAUGCAGGUGAUGACGGCUGGAUCGGCGGGUCCGGAGUUUCCCUAUGUGCGGGUGUACUGCGAGGAGAACUGGCCGUCGGAGCAGUACAGAAAGGUGUUUGGGGCCAUCACCACCACGCUGCAGUUCGUGCUGCCCUUCUUCAUCAUCUCCAUUUGCUAUGUGUGGAUCUCAGUGAAGCUGAACCAGCGGGCCAGGGCCAAGCCGGGAUCGAAGUCCUCAAGGAGGGAGGAGGCGGAUCGGGAUCGCAAGAAGCGCACCAAUCGCAUGCUCAUCGCUAUGGUGGCCGUCUUUGGACUCAGCUGGCUGCCCAUCAACGUGGUCAACAUAUUCGAUGACUUUGAUGACAAGUCCAACGAGUGGCGCUUCUACAUCCUGUUCUUCUUCGUGGCCCACUCGAUCGCCAUGAGCUCCACCUGCUACAAUCCCUUCCUGUACGCCUGGCUGAACGAGAACUUUCGCAAGGAGUUCAAGCACGUGCUGCCCUGCUUCAAUCCCUCGAACAACAACAUCAUCAACAUCACCAGGGGCUACAACCGGAGUGACCGGAACACCUGUGGCCCGCGUCUGCAUCAUGGCAAGGGGGAUGGCGGGCUGGGCAGCCUGGAUGUCGACGACCAGGACGAGAACGGUAUCACCCAGGAGACGUGUCUGCCCAAGGAGAAGCUGCUAAUCAUUCCCAGGGAGCCGACCUACGGCAAUGGCACCGGUGCAAUGUCGCCCAUUCUCAGUGGACGGGGCAUCAAUGCGGCCCUGGUCCACGGCGGUGACCAUCAGAUGCACCAGCUCCCGCCGUCGCACCAUCAGCAGGUGGAGCUGACGAGGCGGAUCCGCCGGCGGACGGACGAGACGGACGGGGAUUACCUGGACUCCGGCGACGAGCAGACCGUGGAAGUGCGCUUCAGCGAGACGCCAUUCGUGAGCACGGACAACACCACUGGGAUCAGCAUCCUGGAGACGAGCACGAGUCACUGCCAGGACUCGGAUGUGAGGGUCGAGCUGGGCGAGGGAAUCGGAGCAGGCGGCGGGGGAGAGCUCGGGAGACGAUUAAACUGAGAUAGGAUAUUCGAAACGCAUUUCUAGGCAUCUUUGAGGACGGAGUUUUAUUGAAUUGUGCCAGUAAUUCAAGCCAAAAUAAUGCAGGGAAAUGUCAGCUGGAUCUCGGAAGUCCUUUUGUAAACCACACUCAACAGGGAUGAGCAGAAAAAUGCUGAUAAAUGGCAAACCAAGUGACAACGAUGUGGCAAGUGAUGGAGAAGGGGAGGUUGUCUAGCAAUUGGCUGAAACAGCUACACAAGUCAAUGAUAUCAGAUGUAUAUAUAUAAAUGUUCUAUGGGUGUGACUGGGUGGGGUAAUGGGGGUUCUGAUGUGUGUGUGUGUGGGGGGGGCCUGGGGCAGAACCGCCUCUUUAUACUUUAUACUGCUAUUUUUUGCCGAAUUUUCCGUUGCCAUUCAGGCCGCGACAAUUGCCGGGCCAUUUCGCAUAUUUACAAUGCCUCGAAGGGUGAUUCCAGCCGCUCUCCGAAGAACAGUUUGCCUUUGUCGCUUUCAAUUUGUACCUAACAACUGUCAGACAUUUGUCGUUUGGGCCAGGCUUUCGCCAGUCACACGGAAUUAAAUUUCGAGCGCUGGUUUUUCGGCCCAAUUGUGUGGAAAUAUGUCAACUCAAGGCCUCCCACCUCUAACUCGUUGUUGGCCCUGCAGAACAGAAGAAAAAUAAUUUGCUCGACUUGAAAAAAGCAAACAUUUCCACGGCUGAUGGAGCACCAUAGGGCCAAAAAAUAAAUAAAUAAAACCUGGCAUGAGAAAGCUGACAUUGAUGAGAUUUGCACGGGCCAACAGAACCAGAUCGAUGAAUUUACGAGUAUUGAAGCUGACUGACAGCUGACAUGGCCAAAAAUUCGCCAGCAGGCAUUCAAAAAAAUAGUAACUCGAAACGUCAUGAUAGCAUAUUUUAACCCACUUCUUAAUUCCGAAAAUGCAACAAAAAAAUAGGUUUUAUCAAUUUAAUAGCUGUCAUAUUCACCUGUAUAUUUUUAAUACAUUACAAAUCAUUUUAGUUCCAGCAAUAUCAGUGCGGUUAUAGCUAAAUUUAAGGCCACGUGUGUGCAUAAUAAAAUAACUAACUUUAACUGCUGGCAGACGGAGCAUAAAACUAUUUUAUCACAAAAUAUUUCAUAGCAAAUAAAUGUGUCAGGUGUAAGACAGCCGACGAAGCCAUUUUUAUAUGUGUAAGGUGCUCGACAAGCUUGUAAAGUGUUUUUGAGCCUAGGCAUAAAUAAAAAAAAUAUAAAUUGGCAUUAACAUGUAAGCGCAUCAAAUGCUUAAAAUAAAUGGAGUACGGAAAUGGGAUGGCAAAAAUAUGCAGACCCAAAAACCAAAAGUACGCAAAAUUGUGCUGACCAUGAGCCCCGCUUUUGAAAGUUUGAGUCUGACUUGAAUUAGGCUUUCGAAAACAUGUCACAUGCUUUGGUGUACUUUUGGUUUUUCCUGCUUUGAGAUCACAUGUUUCCACUGCGUAUACGUAAUUAUAGUUAAUCUUAGUCAGUGUUUUACUAUAGUAAGUUAGAAAUUGCUGAGAUUUAAGGGAAUACUCAUUGAUUGAUCGAUAAAAUAAAGGUAAUUCAGAAUGGCAUUAAAGUACGAAAGGGUCUCAUCAAAGUCUUAAGAAAACCCAAUAAAACUUAAAUAAAUUAGUAUAGAACAAUUUUAUGAAUUCUAAGCUACAAUUAAAUGUUGGCUGUUGUAUCAAUGUAUUACGAACGAAUUAUUUAAGCUAUGGAAACUUGGAAAGGCAUUUUUAUAGAUAAAAAAUAAUUAUAUGCGUAGGCUAAAUAAAUUAUAAAAAUAUUCUUAGCAUCAUACAAAAAUCAUAAUAGCCAAAGUGAAAUUCAAUUUAAGCUAGGUUUUAAAAUAUGAAUGAAUAUGGUUUAAGCUUAGGUGGUAUAUCCAUGAAAUUUUUAGAAAUAAGUAAUAGUAUCUUAAGAAAAAUGUUGUUGACUCAACACCCACUAGUUAAGGGUUGUGUUUGUAGCAUGUACGCGUUAAAAAAAAAAGUGCACAAUUGGAAAUUACAAAUUAAAAUAAACAGAUCAAUGUGGAAAUAAAAAAAUAUUAAAGCUACGUAAUAUUGCAUGUUAAAAAAAGAAAUUGAGGAUUAAAACUAAUAUCACCAAUGAGACACAGCUGAGUAUUAAAACUAAAGUAAAAACUAUACGCAUGUAGCAGAAAAAGAUGAUUUAAAAUACGGAUUACCGACACACGAAUAAAUAAUGGAUGUUGAAACAAAG